UUGACGACAAGAGUUUCCUUUAAUUUUCUUUUCAUUCAAAUAACUCUACCUUUUGAAACUUUCUUGCUUUCUAGACUUGGAACAGCGAAUGAAAACAAAGGGCGUAGAAAUUGUGCCGUACAAGUAUAGUAACUACUUAAAUCUUGCUGCUCUGUGUUCAAUACAGCACAACUGGUAAACCAUAAUUCAUAUCUGAAAAAUCCUAAUGGGUGGUUACUUUCUCAAAAUCUUGUUUGCAUUGUUAGUGUGCUUUUUGCAUACUGAAAUAUCCAUUCUUGGAUUGAACUCUACAUCGGAGAUCUCACGUGUGAAAUGCAUUGAAAGUGAGAGACAAGCCCUCCUCAACUUCAAACGUGGCCUUGUAAAUGACUCUGGCAUGCUCUCUACAUGGAGGGAUGAUGAAAAUAACAGAGAUUGUUGCAAAUGGAAAGGCCUUCAAUGCAAUAAUGAAACAGGUCACGUCUACAUGCUUGAUCUUCAUGGUCACUACCCACAACGUUUGUCAGGUCUAAUCAAUAUUUCUUCAUUGAUUGACUUGCAAAAUAUUGAAUAUUUGAAUCUUAGCAAUAAUGAUUUUGAAGGGAGUUACAUCCCAAAAUUUAUGGGCUCGUUCACCAACUUAAAAUAUCUUGAUCUAUCAUGGUCGAGGUUUGGUGGGAGAAUUCCUUAUGAAUUGGGGAAUCUCUCAAAGUUGGAGUAUCUUGAUCUUAAAUGGAAUUCUCUUGAUGGAGCAAUACCUUCUCAACUAGGGAAGCUUACAAGUUUACAGCAUCUAGAUCUAAGCCUAAAUUCUCUUAGUGGAGAAAUCCCUUCUGAAGUAGGGGUGCUUACAAGCUUACAACAUCUAGAUCUAAGUGGAAAUUCUCUUCGUGGAGAAAUCCCUUCUGAAGUAGGGAAGCUUACAAGCUUACGACACUUAGAGAUCUAAUCUUCAAUUCUUUUCGUGGAGAAAUCCAUUCUAACGUAGGGAUGCUUACAAGCUUGCAACAUCUAGAUCUGAGUGGAAAUUCUCUUCUUGGAGAAAUCCCUUCUGAAGUAGGGAAGCUUACAGCCUUACGAUAUCUAGAUCUAAGUUAUAAUGUGGCUAUUCAUGGAGAGAUCCCUUAUCACUUUAAAAACCU